AUGGCGGCCCUGAGGCUCCUUUCCUCGGGGUUGCGGCUCUGCGCCCUCGCAGGCCGCCCGGGGGGCGCCCGGAUCGGCCCCGCUCUGUCCGAGGGUGGUGCUCGCUGCUUCUCCACCAGCCCCAGCCACCAGGUCAAGUUCUACGCAGACGCGGUGGAGGCCAUCAAGGACAUCCCUCAUGACGCCACCGUCCUGAUGGGAGGCUUCGGCAUCUGCGGGAUCCCCGAGAACCUGAUCGGGGCCCUGCUGAAGACCCAAGUGAAAGGGCUCACCGUGGUCAGCAACACCGUGGGCUUGGACGACUUCGGACUGGGCCUCUUACUGGCGAGCAAGCAGAUUAGACGCAUCAUCUGCUCCUAUGUGGGGGAGAACGCCCUCUGCGAGCGCCAGUACUUGGCCGGGGAGCUGGAGCUGGAGCUGACGCCCCAGGGCACACUGGCCGAGAGGAUCCGCGCGGGGGGCGCCGGGGUGCCCGCCUUCUACACCAGCACGGGCUACGGGACCCUGGUCCAGGAAGGAGGUGCGCCCAUCAGGUACUAUGACGAUGGCCACCUCGCCGUCAUCAGUAAGCCCAGAGAGGUGAGGGAGUUUCAUGGCCACCAUUAUCUUCUGGAGGAAGCCAUCAGAGGAGAUUUUUCUUUGGUGAAGGGGUGGAAGGCCGACCGCUCGGGAAACGUUAUCUUCAGGAAAAGUGCAAGGAAUUUCAACGUGCCUAUGUGCAAAGCUGCAGAAACCACAGUGGUGGAGGUUGAAGAAAUUGUGGAGGUCGGAUCAUUUUCCCCAGAAGACAUCCAUGUUCCUAGCAUUUAUGUAGACCGCUUGAUAAAGGGAGAAAAGUAUGAGAAAAGAAUUGAGCGCCUAGCAGUCCGACAAGAGGGAGCGGGAAAACACACAUCCGAAGAUAAUCUGAGGACCCGCAUCAUCAAACGGGCGGCUCUGGAAUUUGAAGAUGGCAUGUAUGCUAAUUUGGGCAUAGGAAUCCCUCUCCUGGCCAGCAACUUUAUCAGCCCAAAUAUGACUGUUCAUCUUCAGAGUGAAAAUGGGGUCCUGGGCUUGGGGCCAUUUCCAGUACAAAGUGAGGUGGAUGCAGAUCUCAUCAAUGCUGGCAAGCAGACGGUCACUGUUCUGCCCGGGGCUUCUUUCUUCUCCAGUGAUGAGUCAUUUGCAAUGAUUAGGGGGGGGCACCUUGGUCUGACGAUGCUGGGAGGAAUGCAGGUUUCCAAAUACGGUGACCUGGCCAACUGGAUGAUUCCCGGGAAGAAGGUGAAGGGAAUGGGAGGUGCCAUGGAUCUAGUGUCCAGUCCCAAAACCAGAGUCGUGGUCACUAUGGAGCAUUGUUCAAAGGCAAAUGAACCCAAAAUCUUGGACAACUGUACAAUGCCGCUGACUGGGAAGCGCUGUGUGAACCGGAUCAUCACAGAAAGGGCCGUGUUCAACGUGCACCCCAAGAGAGGACUGACGCUGAUUGAGCUCUGGGAAGGCCUGACAGUGGAUGACAUCAAAAAGUGCACAGGGUGUGCCUUCGCAGUCUCACCGGACCUCAAGCCAAUGCAGCAAAUUACAAUGUAAGAUGGGACAUGGGCCUUUACCAUGGAAUGUGGGUUUCAUUUUCACCUCACGGGAAGUUGGUCAUCACAUUUGCAAGUUUCACAAGCGGUUUGACUAGUUUUCCUCCUGGUCCCUCAGACUUUCUACAGCUGGAUAGACUUUGUUCUCUCAAGAGGGGUAUGAAUCUAAUUAAAAACCGGAGAAAAAACAAAAGCUUGUCCUGGAUGUUCUGUUGGUGCUGAGAAAGCUCUGUGAUAAUCGGUGAGGACACUGGUGGCCCCCUCACUUUCUGUGAUAUUUACAUUCCGGUAUAUGUAGCCUAGAGGAUCACUUAGGAAGGGUUUGAUUGACGUGCUUUCCCUCAUAGUUCAAUCAUAAAAUAGAGACAAAAACGAGGGAGAAAAUAACUCCACCCAGAGUCUACUGAAGGCCCCAUUUUACUAAUAUCAAGAAUAAUAUACAAACAUGUGAAUUAGUGGUCGACAGAAAUAUCCCUAAAGAUUUCCCUUUUCCUUUGGCUCUUCUGACUUUUCCUCUGGGCCCUUUCAUUGUGUUGCUGAUUUUGUUUCCCUAUAUCCUUACUUCCUCCCGCCACACUCCUCCUUAUAGCUCAGUAGAUGUCCCUAGAAGGCAGGCAGGACCAUCUCGGUGGGACAGAGAACCGGGCGCUGGGAGAGCCUGCAGGAGGAGAGACUCUGGGCGCUGACGUUCCACUGGGAAGCUUCCUGUGUGAGUACACAAUCCACCUGUGCUCGUAAUAGGCUGUGGUUUGUGAGAGGAGGAGCGCUAGGACCCUAACUGGUGGACUUCGAUGGAUGGCUUUUCUCAUCUUAAAUCGGAGUGUUCCUGUGUUACCCAGACCAGACACUUAGAUCCUUCCUCUCUGUGUGGGGGCUCUAACUAGCCUCUUGUGUAACACUGUGUCUUAACCCAAGAGGGUCUGUCAGCUAUUUUAUCCUGAACCGAGAGUCUCAAAAAAUAAAAGGAAAAACUCAAUAUUAUGUGUAAAGUGUUAAAAACGCCUGCAGGGACUCUGGGCUUUAUACAGGUAGCUCUCAGGGUGUGCACAACUGAUAGGAGAUGUUAAGAUCAGAAAAUUCUAGCUGAUCAAGGAAGGUCAAGCAGCCUCACCCUGAAGGAAGGAGCAGAUACUGGAAGGAAGGGGCGGCAGGGCGGCGGCGAUAGUGCUCACUGAGGGGACAGCCUGGAAGGACGGCGACCUUGACCAUGGGAUGGAGGCAUGGAAUGCCACUGAGUGGACAGUAGGGCAUCAUUUGGGGCCUGUGAGGAGAGGGUAAUGUGAUCUUCCCUGGGCAUCAGGAAUUUUCCAGCAGCAGGUGGAGAACACAGAGGUUUCCAGAAGCAGACAAGUGAAGGGAUGUUAAGAUAGUUGAGAGAAGGAAAUGCUGUGUCUCUCAUAUGACCAAUUUUUAAGAACUAACCUAUGGGGUCAAAAAUAAUCCUGGUCUUAAACAUGUCCACAGUGGGAUUUCCCUUCAAGGGUUCUAACCGAAUCAUCCCGAUUGUCCGUCAUGGCGACAACAUGGUUACUUCCCUGACUGCAGGCUGACAUGGGGCAGGGGCUGCAGGGAAGGGUCAGGUGGCACCUAGAACAGAGAGAAGCCUUGGGGAGAGGCAAUAUUUGGCCUGGGUGCAUUGGGGAAAGGACAGGGCAGGUGAGCUGCCAGAAUGUUCUGGGGUGUGAUGGGGCCGCUCAGAAAUGGGGUGAGGCUGGGGGCCUCACUGGGCCCACCUGGGCCCAGAGGAACAGCAGCUCCAUCUGGGCCUAAGGUGGAAGACCACAGUGUGGCCCACAUCUGGAGGCAUGCCAACAGCAUGGCCUGUCACCUGCAAAGGGGAGAGGAUGCCUGACAGCUCCCUCACAAGGUCAGGUCUAGAGACACGGACCUUGGGCCCCCAGAGGCUCCUGCAGCCCCAACCUCUAUCUUUCUGGGAAGCAGCCUGCCCAGACCUGGGCAGCCUAGGGGCUCAUCACCACCUGUCAGCUGGAGACAAGGAAUCCUGCCUAAGAAUGGGUUGGGCAAAAAGCAGAGCCAGUGGGAAGGGAGAUCCCUGACUGUGGAAGGAGGGGCACAGAGGCAUUUUCCCAGGACUGCUAGAUUAGGACUUCUAAAAGAGACCAAAUGUUAGCACUUUGCCCUCCCCACCCCGCACCUCACCCAGUUUGCUGGGGAAGGGUAGAAAUAUCCUGACUCUAUUGCAGCUUGCUCUGAGACCUUGAACAGGGACUGCUGUCUCUGGACCUCAGUUUCUGUUUCUGUAAAAUAGAAAUUAGGAUUAGAUGCUUCCAAGGAUCCUCAGGCAGGCUAGUCAGGCCUGUGAGAGCCUCCAAACGGCUCCCCAAUACCCAACACAAGGCUUGGUUCCUUGGGGCUCUGUGAGACUUUGUGGCAUCAUUGAGCCUAUUUGUCCUUCUGUUCUGCACCCAGGAGACCCCAGUGAGAUCCCUGAACAGACAGUUGCACAAAAGGAAGACAAAUGGUGGGCAAAGCCUUAGAGGACUGAUCCACCUCCAUGGGCCCAAGGUAGACAGGGGCCUGCUGGGACUCAAAGGACAGAGCAGUGGCACAGAUAGGCCUGGAGGGCCCACCCUGGCUCCACGGCCACUUCCCCUGCCAUGUGUCCCCGAGUCAGUGGAGCUCCACUCCAGGGUCUGGCGUUGAUGACUGUUGGCUCCCCUCUCAAGUCCGUUCCAUUUUAUCAUCUUUGUGACCUCAGUGACCUUUCCCCUGUGCUCUGCACUUAUUUUACUUUUCUCAUGGUUUCUGUUUCCUCAUAGCACUGCCUUCUCAUAACUUUGACUUGCCGUUUCCCAAACUCUACUGAAUGGCUUCACUCUCGUACCUCUUUAGGGUCAACUCCUGCAGCUGACACUCUCCCUGUCUCAGCAGCUCUUAUCCACAUUCCUGACAGUGAGCCUCCAAUCAGCCCAGUUCAUUAGUGUGUGGCAGGUGAUGUCAUAGGUCAAAGGUUGGUCUCUGGAUUCAUUGUUGUUCAGUCAGUGGUGGCCAGUGGACACCUGGUCUAAAGCACUGCUAUCUAAGGGCUGGCCUUUGAGUGGGACUAUGGGUGGGGCAGGCAGACAAUGUCCUUGACCUGUAGUCUGUAAUGGAGAACUAUUUUAGAUCUGCUGUGGAACAAAUUGGUCAGCAAAAAUGAGGAAAACCCUCAAUGAGAUGGGUUGACAUAAUAGCCUCAACAAUGGGCUCAAACAUAUGAAAGGUCAUGGCAAUGGUGUGGGAUGGGGCAACAUUUUUGUUCUGUUCUACGUGAGGUCUCCAAGAAUCAGAGCUGACAGCAACUGACAGCAACU